UGGUUAAAAUACAGAAGUCCGAUCUUCGGUGUCAUCAUUAUUCGGACUGUUCGGAAUAAUCGAUUUCUGUUAUUCGAACGAAAAACUAUGGUAUGCGCUUGGUAUAUGGACAGCAGCGAUGUUGAUCAAAGAUUGGAACACCACAGGCAACCGCCAGAAUAUGUUUCGCUGGAUAGCCUAUUCGCCGCAACGGGCGUGGAAUAUUUUGAGAUAAAUCAUCUAAAUUAUGAAGUAGAUGUUACUCUGAAAGAACUACGACAGAAACGCGGUUACACAUACGAAGAUGAGUUAACAUGUUCCAAAGAAUGCUUAGAAAAUUAUGAAGAGAAGUUAAAAAUUUUCUUCACCGAACAUCUUCAUACCGACGAGGAGAUACGACUGGUUCUGGAUGGUUCAGGCUAUUUCGACGUGCGGGAUAAGGAUGAUCAAUGGAUCCGAAUUAAAGUAACGGCUGGCGAUCUAUUAAUCAUACCCAGUGGAAUUUAUCAUCGUUUCACUCUGGAUACUAACAAUUAUAUAAGAGCAAAGAGAUAUUUUGUGGGAGAGCCAGUUUGGUUGUCAUAUAAUAGACCAGCCGAGAGCAUGGAAUGCCGCAAGCAGUAUCUCAAUAAUUUACAAAAAGGUUUUGAAGUAUCUUUACCUUGAUAAUCCCAUAGAAUACUGCUACA